GCAAUGACAUCACCGACAACUCACAUGUGGCCUAAGCGCGCCGUUGCUCUGCUGUUAGCUACAACUGGGUAAUGUGAAGCUGACUUUCCAGCCGAAUCCCCACAUCACUAUCAUUUUUAUCGGCAAUACGUGUAAUAUAUAUAGCUGUACCUGAGCCAACAUGCCUCCAAAGAAACCCGUCCCGCCCGGGGGGAAUAAAAAAACUCAAGAGAAGAAAAAGGAAAAGAUAAUUGAGGAUAAGACAUUCGGCUUGAAGAACAAGAAAGGGGCCAAACAACAGAAGUUCAUCAAGAACGUCACGCAGCAAGUCAAACAAGGGCAGCAAGGUGCCAGACAGGCUGGCCUUGCAGAUGAUAAGACCACUAAGAAGGGUGACAAGAAAAAGGAGCUGGAUGAACUCAAUGAGCUGUUUAAACCUGUAGUCGCUGCUCAGAAAGUCAGCAAAGGUGUGGACCCAAAGUCAGUGCUGUGCGCAUUCUUUAAGCAGGGCCAGUGUACUAAAGGUGAUAGGUGCAAGUUCAGCCAUGAUCUGUCAAUGGAGAGGAAAUGUGAGAAGAGAAGCCUCUACGUGGAUGAAAGAGAUGAAGAGCUUGAGAAAGACACUAUGGAGAACUGGGAUGAGAAGAAGCUGGAGGAGGUGAUCAACAAAAAACACGGAGAAUCUGAGAAGAUAAAAGCCAAAACGCAUAUUGUAUGCAGGUACUUCCUGGAUGCCAUAGAGGGUAAUAAGUAUGGCUGGUUCUGGGUGUGUCCAGGAGGUGGCGAUAAUUGUAUGUACCGUCACGCUCUGCCACCUGGAUUUGUUCUGAAAAAAGACAAGAAGAAGGAAGAGAAAGAGGAUGAAAUUUCGCUGGAGGAACUGAUUGAAAAUGAGCGAGCCGCUCUGGGAGCUGAUGUGACUCGGAUCACCCUGGAGACUUUCCUGGCAUGGAAGAAGAGGAAAAGGCAGGAGAAGGUGGAUAAAGCACGAGAGGAGAUGGAGAAGAAGAAGGCUGACUUUAAGGCUGGAAAAUCGUUAGUGGUGAGUGGCCGUGAGGUGUUCGAGUUCCGCCCAGAGUUGGUUGACGAUGACGACGAUGAUGCCGACGCCACGGAUACUCGAUACCACAGCAGUGAUGAGGAAGAGGAUGAGGAAGAGAUCGAUGCUGCAGAGAUCCAGGACAUAGACUUAUCCCGUUUUGUUCCACAAGAGGUCGACAACACAGGCAUUACCGUAGCAUCUACAGACCGUUUCACAUCUAGGAGUAAGAAUCGGCCAAAUGCAGCAGACCAUGAGGAGCAGCUGAACGGAGCCUGCGGUGGUGCUGAGGCCAAUGGCCUGUCGGGAGCAGAGGGAGGCGGGGAAGACGAAGAAGGGGAGGAUGAGGAUGAGGAUGAAGACGAGGAGGUCCCAGUGGAUGAGAACCUGUUUACGGGAGAAGAUCUGGAGGAGCUCGACGAGGAGCUCAACACGCUGGCACUUGAGGACUGAGAAGAACUGUCAGGUGGAUGUUAGGAUGGACUAAGUGACAAAGGGGAGGGACUGAUGGAUGCAUGGAGCUACACAACAACAACAACAACAACAAGACCAGAUGUUUGAACGAUUUUAAUUUCAGAGACUCAAGAAAUAAAGCCUGAUAAUAUCAUCAUAUCACUGCCCUCCCCGUUUUUGUCUUGCCCCUCCCAUAUCCCACCACAUCCUCUGCCUUUUUUUCCAUCAGGUGUUCAAAUUUGUACCCUACAGCUAAUUAAAGUUCAUCAGGGCCAACGCCACAUGAAUGUUGCUCAUCAGAAUUUUCCUUCAAAGGUGAAUUGGCUGCUUUUAGUCGCUUGAUGAACCCAAAGGUUGAAUAUUAAAACUAAAAUUGCAUUUGAUAAAUUGGGCUUCUCUACCUAAUCACAAGUAAAAUACUGAAGGUGAUUUGGAACGUGAGAUAUUAGGAGGGCUUUAAAAUAAAAGCACUAUACCUGAUUGUACUGUGAGGUAAGAUUUAAUCCAUGGAUGUUGCAAGGAGCUGACGUUAAUGUAGCUAAUGAACAGCAAUGAUUCUGUUGUAGGAAACUGAAUCUGUUCAGAGCUUCACCUUUUCUCAUACUAAGAUAAAAGCUUCAGGUCGCACUGUCAUCAAUCUGGUCAAGAUCGUUCACCCCGAUAGAAAUCAAUUACAUGUAGCGUAUGUUAAAGCCUCUGUUGCUAAGUAAUGUAUCGCCCUCUGAGACCAUAUUGAUGCUAUAGCUACACCCGAGCAGGGACACCAACCUCCACCACCUCUGUAUGUAAAUAAUGAGUUGCCUCCUGAAGAAAUAAAAAUUUGUACAUCCA